UGGAUGGGUGUUUUCACAGCAGAUCCAGCAACAGCUCAAGACUUAUAUGAUUUACACAUCCGUUUCUGGUACAUUCAUCUUGAAGAAACUUUCCCUCUCAGAACAAACAUCCACCUUGUCAAAGACUUCCAGGCCCCACCUGGCUACAUUGUUACACAUCAUCCUAGAGUUUGGGAGGAGUUGGUGCCAUUUCCUGUGUUAUAUCGUGGUACAUCUGGCGAGCACCACCAUCUUUUUACGCGACAACUAGCGCGUGUUGAUGGUGAAACUUAUGUACGACAGCAUCCCCCACACAAAGCCUAUGAAGGCAUGGCA